AUGAAGCGCAUCCAUUAUGUACUCCGAUGGUUGUAUCCAUUCCGACCUCAAGAAAAGGAUGAAGAAAUUCUUGGUUCUGAAGUACCAUAUCUUAGCACAAUUGGUGCACUAAUGUAUGUUGCUAAUACUACAAGGCCUGAUAUAACUUUUGUUGUUAACUUGUUAGCAAGGUAUAGUUCUGCUCCUACUAGGAGACAUUGGAAUGGGAUCAAACAAAUUUUGCGAUAUCUUAAAGGGACAACUGAUAUGGGCUUAUUUUAUUCUAAUAAUUGUAGCCCAAAUCUUGUUGGUUAUGCUGAUGCAGGAUAUUUAUCUGAUCCACACAAAGCUCGAUCCCAAACAAGCUAUGUGUUUAUAUGUGGGUAG